GUCAUGGCGGCGUCCAGUGGUUUACUGGGUGAAGGGGAACGGGAUGCUUGGAUUUUUAUGGGCGCGACAAACCGGUUUAGACGACCCUCUUCACCUUCGACGAGAGGAGUCCACACGGAGGGUUUUGGGAUUGGAUUAAUACCCUUGACAUUGAACCUAUUGAAGGGAAAUAUAUGUUAUCAGGUGGUUCAGAUGGUGUGAUUGUACUUUAUGACCUUGAAAACUCCAGCAGACAACCUUAUUACACAUGUAAAGCUGUGUGUUCUGUUGGCAGAAGCCAUCCUGAUGUUCACAGAUACAGUGUGGAGACUGUGCAGUGGUAUCCUCAUGACACUGGCAUGUUCACAUCGAGCUCAUUUGAUAAAACUCUGAAAAUAUGGGAUACAAAUACAUUACAAACUGCAGAUGUAUUUAAUUUUGAGGAAACAGUUUAUAGUCAUCAUAUGUCUCCAGUUGCCACCAAGCACUGUUUGGUAGCAGUUGGUACUAGAGGGCCCAAAGUACAACUGUGUGACUUGAAGUCUGGAUCCUGUUCCCACAUUCUACAGGGUCACAGACAAGAAAUUCUGGCAGUUUCCUGGUCACCACGUUACGAGUAUAUCUUGGCAACUGCAAGUGCUGACAGUAGAGUAAAAUUAUGGGAUGUGAGGAGAGCAUCAGGAUGUUUGCUCACCCUUGAUCAACAUAAUGGGAAAAAGUCACAAGCUGUUGAAUCAGCAAACACUGCUCAUAAUGGGAAGGUUAAUGGCUUGUGUUUUACAAGUGAUGGACUUCACCUCCUCACUGUUGGUACAGAUAAUCGAAUGAGGCUCUGGAAUAGUUCCAGUGGAGAAAACACACUGGUGAACUAUGGGAAAGUUUGUAAUGACAGCAGGAAAGGAUUGAAAUUCACCGUCUCCUGCGGCUGCAGUUCAGAAUUUGUUUUUGUACCAUAUGGUAGCACCAUUGCUGUUUAUACAAUUUACUCAGGAGAACAAAUAACUAUGCUUAAGGGCCAUUAUAAGAGUGUUGACUGCUGUGUAUUUCAGUCUCAUUUCCAGGAACUUUAUAGUGGUAGCAGAGACUGCAAUAUUCUUGCUUGGAUACCAGCCUUAUAUGAACCAGUUCCUGAUGAUGAUGAGACUCCAACCAAAUCACAGUUAAAUCCAGCAUUUGAAGAUGCCUGGAGCAGCAGUGAUGAAGAAGGAUGAUAUCAAUCAUCAGUACUUUGUGUUUCUCUUGGUGAAGUUUUCAAAUGUGGACUGUUAUACUUAUUUUUAAUGGACCAAUCUAUUUCUGUGAGCUAAGUUAGCCAUGAAUUAGAGUGAUUUAUUCUUGUGUUUUCACAGAGGUCAUAUUUACAUGAAAUUGUAAAACAGACUUCUGUAUAGUCUGUUUAAUAACAUGUCUCCCUGAUCCCAGUUGCUGUGG